CCAAAGACAUUUGAGCCGGACUUCAAGGGGCCUGUUAACACCAGGAGUUGUACAGAUGUUCUGUGCUGCGUAUUCUUCUUAUUUUUCGUUUUUGGCUACAUUCUUCUAGGACUUAUGGCCUGGGUACAUGGAGACCCCAGGAGACUGGCUUAUCCUACAGACAGCCAGGGGCAUUUUUGUGGCCAGAAGGGUACCCCCAAUGAGAACAAGUCCAUUUUGUUUUACUUUAAUCUGCUCAAAUGUACCACUCCCUCCGUGAUGAUAAACCUACAGUGCCCUACCACACAGAUCUGUGUCUCCCAUUGCCCAGAAAGAUUUGUAACCUAUGUGGAAAUGCAAAUCAGAACCAAAAGCAACCAAACCCACUGGGCAUACUACAAGCAGUUCUGCAAAUCCAGUUUUGUUAAACCUAAGAAGUCUCUCACAGAUAUUUUAUUGGAAGAAGAUUGUCCAACAGCAAUUUUUCCAAGCAAACCUUUUCUUCAGAGAUGUUUCCCCGACUUCUCUACCAACAAUGGCACUUUGACAGUAGGAAAUAAGACAGCAUUCGAGGAUGGAAGUGGGAAGACAAGAAAUGUUAUGGAACUCAGGGCAGCUGCAAAUGGCAUCAAUAGACUCCUUAAAGUAAAAUCACUUGGAGUAAAAGUGUUUGAAGACUACUCAACGUCUUGGUUUUGGAUUCUCAUGGGCCUGCUUAUCGCCAUGCUCCUUAGUUGGAUGUUCCUGAUACUUCUGAGGUACACAGCUGGACUCCUCUUCUGGAUCUCCAUGCUAGGUGUGCUCGGAAUUGUAGGAUACGGAAUAUGGCAUUGCUACCGAGAGUACAAAAAACUUCAAGGAAAACCAACUUCGGAAUUAACUAUAUAUGACAUCGGGAUUCAGACUGAUCUCAGCAUCUACUUUGAGUUGAAACAAACAUGGUUCGCAUUUAUGAUAAUCCUCUGCAUCGUUGAAGGAUUUAUCACCAUCAUGCUGAUCUUCCUCAGGAAUCGAAUCCGUUUCGCGGUUGCCCUGCUGAAGGAAGGGAGCAAAGCUGUUGGAUGCAUCCCCAGCACAUUAAUUUACCCGGUUUUAACUUUCAUUCUGAUCGCAAUCUGCAUUUCCUACUGGGCUGUGACAGCAGUUUUUUUGGCUACAUCAGGGGUACCUAUAUAUAAAGUCAUGACUCCUGGGGGCCAAUGUAUACAUGAAAAUAAAACCUGUGACCCACAGACUUUUAAUACCACUGACAUUUCCAAAAUUUGCCCGGGUGCUAUGUGUAACUUUGCUUUCUAUGGUGGAAAGAGCCUGCUUCAUCAAUACAUCACCGUCUUUCAGAUAUACAAUCUCUUUGCCUUUCUCUGGCUUAUAAACUUUGUCCUUGCAUUGGGUCAGUGUACCCUUGCUGGUGCCUUCGCUACUUAUUACUGGGCCACAAAAAAACCUGAGGACAUACCACCAUUUCCACUCUUUACUGCAUUUGGACGGGCCAUACGAUAUCACACGGGUUCCCUAGCAUUCGGAUCUUUACUUCUUGCAUCAAUUCAAAUGUUUAGAAUUGUCCUUGAAUAUGUGGACCGCCGUGCUAGAACUGCCCAGAACAAUAUCUCUAAAUUCCUACAAUGCUGCCUGAGAUGCUGUUUCUGGUGUUUGGAAAAAAUGGUCAAGUUUUUAAACAAAAAUGCCUAUAUCAUGAUUGCAAUAUAUGGCAAAAAUUUUUGCAAGUCAGCAAAAGAUGCUUUUAAUCUCCUGAUGAGAAAUGUUGUAAGAGUUGCAGUUAUGGAUAAAGUUACAGAAUUUGUGCUAAUACUGGGAAAAAUUCUAGUUACUGGCAGUAUAGGCGUCCUGGCCUUCCUAUUCUUCACACAAAGAGUUCCAGUGAUUAUAAAAGGACCGACAUCUUUAAAUUAUUACUGGGCACCUCUGCUGACUGUCAUUUUGGGAUCGUUCCUAAUUGCACAUGGGUUCUUCACUGUCUAUGCAAUGUGUAUUGACACGCUGUUCAUCUGCUUCUUGGAAGAUGUAGAAAGAAAUGAUGGCUCUACCACAAGACCCUAUUACAUGAGUCAAUCUCUGAUGAAAGUUCUGAACCAACAAAAUGUACCCAAUAAGAAGCAGUAGAAGUAAAACUUCCGGUCAUCCUCCAGUGGUGCGUUACCUUGCUCAUCUGCUGUGUCGGCAACUCUCGUUUCUGAAGUGCUUUGUAUGUAGCACCCUGUAUUCACCACCUCGUUGGCUUUUCUGUGCAUGUUUUAUACCAAAGCUUAUACGGUAAUAUGUGAAGCCAUCAGAAGUCGCAAGGGAAUUGUUAAUAACAUGGAACAUUUUUAUACUAAGAUCUUUUGUUGUGGAAUUCCUUUUUAAAUGGAGUGGCUUGGAUAACUUGAAACCAUUUAUGAGUUUGUUAAUAUUAAAUAACACCUUAUUUAAAUUGAUCACUCCUAUUAAUAAAAUUCUUAAAUUACAACUAGAAUAGUUCUUCAGCGGGAAAAAAAAAUUUGGUAAACUAAGUGAAAUAAAUUGCAAAGCUUUCCAUAUUCGUAUUUGAUGGUAAAUCAAUUAUAACACAAAAAUAAAAGCUAACUCUCUACUGUUUGCUAUCUUCAGUAUAGAAUGUUUCCUAUUAAACAAAUCACCAAUCAUCCAGCCUUUACUCCAUAGUCCUUUCUGACAAAGUGCCUUACUGGCUUUUAAUAUUACCCAGCUUUUGUGGGCAAGUUUACAAACAUAGUUUUCGAAGGAAAAAAAAAAAAGCUUUUUAAAAACCUGCAAUGUUUAAUGAUUAAAACAAGUCUUGCAUCAGUUUUCUUCUUAGCUCACUUGUUGGAAACCGUUUUUCAUUUCCAUACGUUUGAUAUCCUCACUAUAUAGAGUACAUUGUGUGAUAGAAACAAUUUCCCUUGCGCCUAGUGGACGCUCACAAAUGUGUACUAUACGCAAGAAAGAAAAAAAGAAUACUUGCUCAGAUUGUUAGGUUUUUCUUUUCUUCUUUUUUUUACUAAAAGAGAGAAAAUGUAAUCUUUUCUAAAGAAAAUCUUUGAAAAUACAUUGGUAUAAAGCUGUAUUUCUCAGUGUUUCACACAGAUUGGAAAGGGAAACUUGGAGGACAUACAAAGGGAACCUGUUCCCCAAGUAGGGUGCGCACUGAUGUGAUAUACAGAAUAGCUCCAUGGUAAAUGGUGGGUUAUUGUCAUCAAAGCGUGCUCUAUAUAUGUCAUUUCAUUUUCUAACUUUUGAUAUGAAAUACUAAGUUUACCCAAGAUACAUUGUUAAUUUGUACUGUGCUACUAUGAACAAGAAAAUGAUUUCUAAUUCCAGUUUAGGUGAUUUUACUAGUAUUAUUAACUUUAAAGGGAAUUAAUUCACUUGGUUACAAAGUGUUACAGAAGGGUCCAUAAAGCACUCAUGCUAAGGGAAUGUUAAUCACAUGAUAAAUCAUCAAAGCUUUAAGAAUUAACAAUAAGUUACUAUCAGUUUAUCUAUUAUCACAUUUCUGUUUAAAAUGUGACUUUAGAUACUCUGUCACGCCAAAAAUCAACUCACAUGAGCACGUGACAGCCUGAACUCUAUAAUCCGUGUGCUUCUGCUGUGCAGAAAUAUUAGGAACAUAUUGUCUACAUAGAUUUGAUAACUACAAUAUUUAAUCUUUAAUGAGAUUUGUUGUUACUUGUUUAAAAUCUGUUUGUUUU